GAAGGAUCACAGGAAAGUAUUAAUAAUAAAGCUAAUACAUUGAUCCUGUUCCGCAUUGCCUUUGGGUUGCAGGAAUCGGUGGGACAGGACACUGUUUGGAGAUAGCUAACUACUUUGAAUUUUUUGACCAUACUGCCCAAGCCUACCUGCCAUGGGCUGCCGAGAUGUCCACGCAGCCACAGUCCUCUCUUUCCUGUGUGGUAUUGCCUCUGUAGCAGGCCUCUUCGCGGGGACUCUGCUUCCCAACUGGAGGAAAUUACGACUGCUCACAUUCAACAGAAACGAGAAGAACCUGACUAUUUACACAGGCCUGUGGGUAAAGUGUGCCCGGUACGAUGGAAGCAGUGACUGCCUGAUGUACGACCGUACUUGGUACUUAUCAGUUGACCAGCUGGACCUACGUGUCCUCCAGUUUGCCCUGCCGCUCAGCAUCCUCAUCGCAAUGGGUGCCUUGCUGCUCUGCCUGAUUGGAAUGUGUAACACAGCCUUCAAGUCUUCAGUGCCUAACAUCAAACUGGCCAAGUGUCUGGUCAAUAGUGCAGGCUGCCACCUGGUGGCUGGACUCCUGUUUUUCCUGGCAGGCACUGUGAGCCUCUCUCCAUCCAUCUGGGCCAUCUUUUAUAACACUCAUCUCAACAAGAAGUUUGAGCCAGUCUUUACCUUUGACUACGCAGUGUUCGUCACCAUUGCUAGCUCAGGGGGUCUGUUUAUGACCGCUCUUCUUCUGUUCAUCUGGUAUUGUGCAUGCAAAUCUUUGUCCUCUCCUUUCUGGCAACCACUGUACUCUCACCCUCCCAGUAUGCACACUUACUCACAGCCCUAUUCAUCACGUUCCCGCCUCUCUGCCAUUGAAAUUGACAUCCCAGUAGUUUCACAUAGCACUUAACAGAGAUAUAAUUAAUUGUUAAAACUAUGUGCCAUAGCCACACAGUCCCCUGCGUAAAGAGCCUUUAUGGACCUGUAUACAUUUUUCCUUUGUUCUUGACUAGUCAGUGGAGCCAAAUUUGUAUAUUUUGGUAGAAUGAAAUGCUGCUAGAUUUUCUGAGAUAUAUAUUACAUUCUUCUAAAUGUGAAACAUUCCUUUUAUCCUGCUUCUAAUACUAGAAGGGUCUUUAGCCUCCUUGUAGAUGUCUGAUGAAGUGUGUGGACUGACCUGUGUAGCAGUUGAGGUGAUGAAAGCAGCAUAGUCAAUGCUGUUGUGUUUGAUCCUUACCGAUAUUUCAAAUCCUGUAUUGUCUCUGAUGACUUCAACUGAAAAGAGCAGUUUCAAAUACAAGAAACUUCAGUCAGAUAAGGAUUGCAGUUUGCCUCCAGAACUCUGCCAGCUUGAGGGUAUAAUUUUGUUCUCUCUUGACACUAAUUGACUGGGCAUCAGUUUACUGAAGAUUACUAUCUUCUACCUCAUGUCAGUGAAAAGUACAAUUUUAAAUAAUGCAUUUUAAAUAAUGUCAGAGUAAGGCUAGCAUUUAAAUAUGGUUAACAUUUAACUUCUUCUGGUCUUCAGACAGGUUCUUGCUGUGUAUCCCUAACUGGCCUAGAAUUCACUCUGUAGAUCAGGCUGCCCUCCAACUUUCCGCCAUUCUCCUGUCUGCCUUCUGAGCACCGGUUACAGAUCUGCCCAUCUGUAUCUAGCACACCAUAAUUUUUAGUUACUGAUUAUAGUGUUGGAGUUAAAAUGUGCCAAGUGACAGGUUGUUGCUUCAUCUGGAGCAAGAAAUCCUUUCCAGGUAGCCAUGCCCUGUACUAGCUUAGUGGCUAAGACAAAUAAAUGCAAGGAUGUUAAAGUCAAGUUGUCGUUGUAAAGCCAAGUUGUCAGUGAUGGCACAGAAGAUUCAUUUGGUGGCUGCUGUUUCAGUAGUGAGUGAUGUGAAUGGUACCCACUUGACUGUUCAGUUCCUGCUUCACCACUGCCUGCUUGUCCUUUGGUGUUUAUCUCUGCCUAACACUUGAGAAUGUAGCUACAUCUGGGUAGAAAUUUUGAUCUAAUACACAUCAGAGUGAUAGCUAACAACUAGGAAAACCUGUCAAGCAUUGAUCCAGGAAGAUAGUCCAGCUGAAACAUGUCUUCCUGACACAGACAGCCUAUGGUACUCCAGCAGCAAAUAUCCUGGACACUAGAAAGUCACUUGAGUUAGGUUUCCUCUCAUAGUUUCUAAGCUGUAGGAACAGUUUCAGAUCAUGAGAAUGGGCAAGAUGGGAGAGAGAUGAAAUUGUACCCUUUCUACCUCUGAAAUUAAAGUGAUACACUAAAGAGAGACAUUUUUAAAAUGUCUCCUCUGAUGUGCUUUCAAGUGGAUGAAACACUUUGACAUUGAGAGCUGUUGGAUUUUAACUCUUAGGGGUUUGAGCUGCUCAUUAAUUGCUAUAAUCUCCAUGUACUAGCAUUAUGUUUGUAAAGAUUGUGGUAUAUUAUAGAUUUUUACAAGCGGCUGAUUUUAUGAUAAACAGUUCAUGAUUCCUCUUUUCCUAAUCCCAGUGUUUCUAUAGAGAGAGAUAUGUAGUACUUUCCCCUAAGUCCAUCAUUACUUUAUGUAGGCAAGUAAAUCCAAUUGUAUAAUUUUUAAAUGCUGUCCAUCCAAAGCAUGCACAUUUAUGGUUUUUUAAAUUAUAGCUUAUAAUCUUUUCCCCCUCUGGUUCUUCUCAUUCAUAGAUAAAGCUGAGUGUUGAUCAUUCCAAGAUAAAGGCAGCUGGAAUUUUGAGAUUAAUAUUAGUUUUUUCCCUUUGUUAAUUAAUCUUAGUUUUUCUCUCACUAAACUUUUGUUCAAAAGGUUCAAGAAUUCCCCCAUCCUUUGGUUUUAGUAUAAAAUAGAGUUAAAACUAGGGUCAGAUGUGGUGGCUUUUGAUGCUAAUCCUAGUACUUGGGAGGCAGAGGCAGGUGUAUCUCUCUGGACAUCCUGGACUCCAUAGUAAGUUCCAAGCCAGUCUGAGCUAGACAGUGAGACCCUGUCUCAAAAAAAAAUCAAAAAGGAGAAAAAGGAAGCAAGUAAGCAAGCAAGCAGCCUCAGCAAUGAGAAUACGAGACAGUUUGCGGCACACAGGGUUGUAACUACAAAUGUUAAGCUUUCUUAGGAGAGUCUUUUGGCAUCAUCAUCUGUAGCCUCCAAAUAGUAUUUAUUAUGAAUUCACUCAGGAAGAGAAACAGCUGUUUCUGUAUUAUCUUUUUAGCAUUCCAGAAUUGACAUAAAUAGCUAUUUUUAAAAGCCAUCAAAGGAAAGCAUGCAUUUAUACUCUGUUGAGUCACUUGAGCACUCCUGGGGCUAUUAUUGAGAUGGGGUGGAUAACUUCUUUUCUUUUGUUGUUUAAAAGCUGUUAAUUUUAAAGGCCUCCUAAGGAGCCAGCUUGGCAGACAACCUCAAAUGUGAGAUGUUUCACCAGAUUUAUGUUCUCCAGCUUCAGAGAAGAAUAAAUCCACUCUGCUUGUAUAUAUGCCCUAUAAUGGAUAGUAUGUGCUAUAAACCACAAGUUAAAAACCUCAGUGGGUGUGAUGUGCUGCCUUGUGUUUAUUAAAAGAUGUAUUUUUACAA